AUGAGUAAAAACUGCAACAAGUUGGGUGGUAUGAGUAAAAACUGCAACAAGUUGGGUGGUAUGAGUAAUAACUGCAACAAGUUGGGUGGUAUGAGUAAAAACUGCAACAAGUUGGGUGGUAUGAGUAAAAACUGCAACAAGUUGGGUGGUAUGAGUAAAAACUGCAACAAGUUGGGUGGUAUGAGUAAAAACUGCAACAAGUUGGGUGGUAUGAGUAAAAACUGCAACAAGUUGGGUGGUAUGAGUAAAAACUGCAACAAGUUGGGUGGUAUGAGUAAUAACUGCAACAAGUUGGGUGGUAUGAGUAAUAACUGCAACAAGUUGGGUGGUAUGAGUAAUAACUCAAACAAGCUGGAUGUUAUGAGUAAAAACUGUAACAACCUGGAUGUUAUGAGUAAAAGCUCCAAGAAGCUUGCAUGA